AUGUUGUCUGGCUGGGGAGCAGAUCUAACAGCAACAAAUCGAGGUAUUUGCAAGCUUCGUGCUUUUAUUGUCAAUAUUUCAAAAUCAGAAACGGUUUUAUAUAUACUUUUUGCUAUGAUUGAUCGAUGGUUAUCAUCAAGUCCUAAAGCAGAGUAUCGCCAGAUGAGCUCAUUGAAAAAUGCUUAUCGAGCUAUGCUUAUUAGUCUCAUUGUGUCUGCUAUAGUUUUUUCGCAUGUUAUCUAUUGCCAGGAACCAAAUCGUAUUAAUGCUCCACAAAAAUGCUAUGGUAUAACAAUAGCAUGUCAAUUCGCGACGGAUUUAUUAUUUAUGGCAUUUGUUAUUUUUCCUUUGCCUUGCAUGUUAGUUUUUGGUGUGAUGACCAUCUACAAUAUUCGUCAAUCAAGAAGUCGAGUUGCUCCUAAAGAUUCAUCAAUGAUAACAAACGCGGUGAAAAUCAACAGGAAUCAACAACGCCGAUUGGCCAAACAAGAUCAUAAUCUAUUAGUUAUGCUUCUCGUGCAAACUCUUGUUCUUUUCGUAUUAUCCAUCCCAUUAUGCUUUCAGAGGUUAUUCGCAACAAUAAUGGCUGAUAAACCAGCAUCUGUAUUACAAGUUGCUAUUAACAAUUUGGUCUUUAAUAUUGGUCAAUUACUUCAUUUCAUAGCGAAUGGAAUGCCGUUCUAUAUUUAUACACUGACUGGGGGAAGUACCUUUCGUAACGCUUUACUCAAACUCUUGGUCAAUAGAAGACAUUAG